UAUAUCUACCACUGUUGUGUGCUCCUCCAAAGCAAGAGAGUGAAGUGGAAGUGAACUAGUGAUGGCGGGGCAAUCAAGGAAGUGGAUGAUAUUGUUGGCAACAAUAUGGAUACAAGCAUUCACUGGCACCAAUUUUGAUUUCUCAGAGUACUCUUCAGCUAUGAAAUCAGUACUCAACAUCUCACAGGUGCAACUCAACUACCUUGCCACAGCCAGUGACAUGGGCAAGUUCUUUGGAUGGUCCUCUGGUCUUGCUCUCAUGUAUCUUCCUCUCUCUGCUGUCAUGUUCAUCUCUGCUUCCAUGGGCUUCAUCGGCUAUGGCCUCCAAUGGCUUGUCAUCAAGCAACUCAUCACUUUGCCUUAUUUUCUGAUCUUUCUUCUGUGUCUUUUGAGUGGCUGCAGCAUCUGUUGGUUCAACACAGUUUGUUUUGUUCUCUGCAUUAAGAAUUUCCCAGUUAACAGAGCCCUUGCAUUGUCACUCACUGUGAGUUUCAAUGGUGUAAGUGCUGCACUCUACACACUUGCUGCAAAUUCAAUAGACCCUUCAUCUGAUACAGUGUAUCUGCUUUUGAAUGCCAUUGUUCCACUUCUCACUUCCCUUGCAGCACUAAUCCCAAUUCUUCGCCAACCACCUUUAGAUUCUCUUUCUCCUGAUGCAGCUCGUAGGAACUCAGUGAUAUUUCUUAUAUACAACAUCUUAGCCAUUUUCACUGGCCUUUAUCUCCUUCUCUUUGGUUCCUCAACUUCUGAUGCAGCCACGGCACGCCUCUACUUUGGUGGAGCUAUUUUUCUUCUCAUCUGUCCAUUAUGUUUACCUGGAAUUAUAUAUGCUCGAAAUUGGUUUCUCCAUGUUAUCCAUUCCAGCUUUCAGAUGGAAGGUUCUGGCUUCAUUCUUGUUCAUGUUAAUGAUCUUGAGCUUCAUAAAGAACUUCUUACCCGUCAAAAUAGUACUCACAGCAAUGGAGAUGGUCACAAUUUGCUGAGUGAUGAUGGAUCCAUGUAUAGAAGUCACAGGACAAAAAGUAGUGAUGGAUGUUGUCAAAGCAUGCUUGGACAGGAUCAGUUGGCAAUGCUGGGAGAAGAACACACAGCUGCAGAUAUUGUAGGAAGGUUGGAUUUUUGGCUUUAUUAUGUUGCAUACUUCUGUGGAGGUACGAUUGGUCUUGUUUACAGCAAUAAUCUUGGACAGAUAGCUCAAUCUUUAGGCAUGAGUUCAAGGACUUCUACCCUUGUCACUCUAUACUCAUCCUUCUCCUUCUUUGGUCGCUUGUUUUCAGCUGUACCAGACUAUAUUCGAAAUAAGUUCUACUUUGCAAGGACUGGAUGGCUAACCAUUGCACUUAUACCAACCCCAAUUGCGUUCCUCAUUCUUGCUGCAUCAGACAGUGCUGUGGCACUUAAUACAGGCACUGCACUAAUUGGUUUCAGCUCUGGUUUCAUAUUUGCUGCUGCUGUGGCUGUCACAUCUGAGCUGUUUGGACCUAACAAUGUGAGCGUCAACCACAACAUUCUCAUAACAAAUAUCCCAAUUGGAUCGCUUCUCUAUGGACUUCUAGCUGCAGUAGUUUAUGAUGCCAAUGCUAACUCAACAAAGCCAGGAAACUUCAUGUCUGACUCACUAGUGUGCAUGGGAAGGCAGUGCUACUUCUGGACUUUUGUGUGGUGGGGAUGUAUAUCUGUCAUUGGACUAGCUUCUAGUGUGCUGUUGUUCUUAAGAACCAAACAUGCAUACGAUCGUUUUGAGAGACACCGUCUUUCAGCAAGAUCAGAUCUGUCUUAACUUUAGGCACACUUGGGAUGUGAAGAUUAUAGAAUUGUUGAUAGCAAAAGCUUGAAAUAUAUAGGCUAUGAUUUUGGAGGCAAAACUAAUGCAAGGGCUUAGUCUUGAUGAACAUGUAUAUUCUAGUGUAAUAUGAGGAGAGAUCUAGAUUUCGAGGCAAAAAGGGUGAGGCUUUUGUUUCUCCCUCUCACGAUGCACCAAACAAAUAAAAAAAAAAAAAGAAAAAAAAAAAGAAAAAAAGAAGAAUGAAAAGUAAAUAAGGAUGGAAGCUUUGGGUGCAUGAGGUUUGAGGAAAUAUGCGUCAAUGAAUAUCCGGACCUUCAUGAAGUGUUCAUGUUUUGCAACCAUGACCUUGGUCAAAGUGAGGACAUAAAUACUAUGCUUUGUAUAAUCAGGAGGCAGGAGCUAUGUUUUGGCAUUGCUUGAGGCAUCUUGGAUCCAAAGAUAAUAGUGCAGUACUCCUAGCUAUGCUUUGAGUAACUUUUCAAAAGAAAUUUAUUUACAAAGGCUAGCUGCUAGAAGCCUAGAAGGCAACUAAUUUUUUUUUUUUUUGGGCAGAAAAAAAAGAAAACUAGUCUUUGACUACUAAGUUCUGCAAUUUAGGACCCCUUGUUUCUUUACUGAGAACACAACACAAGCUUAAUCGACUUUGUGACCUUAAAACAAGAACUUUUGCUAAGAAUUUUCCUUAAUGCUUGAAGGCUUGAAGUAGAAACAGACUCAUCUUGGCGUUCUAAGAAGCCUAAAAAAGUACUUGUGCUAUUUUCUCUCUGACUUGGAUUAUCUUUAUUAUGUUCUGAAUCUUUGGCAUUUGUCUAUGGUGCAACAUUUCAAAUAUCAUGUCUAUUGAUUUUUAUGUA